UUGCAAUACAAAAUAUGCAUGACAUUUUCGUAUUCUAUACUUAGUCCACUAGUUAGUGCCACCAUAAAGAGUGUAUUGUUAUUGGAAGCACUGGAAUCUUCUCUUGUAGGAUUACUGUAAUCGUGGGUUCUGACAUUGUCACGGUUAAUCAGCUGCAUACGGGACAGCAGUAGCCGAGACUACGACACAGUUAGUCACUUGCCAAACUUGGUGCUGAAUGGCAAUGAAGUCGCAAGCCAAUGUGGUUGAUUGACUCCUGUGGAACCAACUGAACACUAUAGGACGCUGAAUACAACUCAACACAAUGGUAUUAUCGAAAUGUAUCGCGAGAAAUCACGAGAACGUACCAACAAGACAACAAAAAUAAAUUUGUGGAAAACAAGCAGUGAAUUAUGGCGGCGUCGCUGGUACGCCGGGACAAGAAAUCUACUGCUGCCCAUUUAAAGGCAGAUCUUAAUUGGACUGAUAACAGCUCUGGUGUCCGACAACUUCAAGAGCUACUUGAUUCUGUUCUUAAUCCAGAAAAGCCAGCGGCAGACACAGAAGCCCUUGACUGGUGUAAAUGUCUAAUAGCAGGAGGAGAAGGUUUCGAAGAGUUCUGCAAAACGGUCCGGUCCUAUGACAACGCUACUUUAUGUGGCUUGGUUUGGACAGCCAAUUUUGUGGCAUACCGCUGUCGGACCUGUGGCAUAUCUCCUUGCAUGUCACUUUGUGCAGAAUGUUUUAAUAACGGCGAUCACACAGGGCAUGAUUUCAACAUGUUCAGGAGCCAGGCUGGUGGGGCCUGUGACUGUGGAGACAGUAAUGUCAUGCGAGAGACUGGAUUUUGCAAUCGGCAUCGGUUAAGAACCGGGGAGAAUGUCCCCUCAGUCCCCAGAGACUUACUACUGAUGUCAGAGAUGGUCCUACCUCGCUUCAUCAUCUGUGUCAUACAGUACCUAAGGGAUGGAUACACUGAACCAGACACAUCAACUGAGAGGGACCUACAGAAGGUCUUACAGCAGCUGGAACCCCAGAUCUCCUUCUUAGAAGAACUUACGAAGAUGGGUGGGGCAAUGAGAACUGUACUGACAAAGAUCCUAACGAAUCAGCAAAUAUUCAAGGACCUGAGCAUGGGUCAAGAGGACAAUGUAUAUGCAAAAAAGAACUACGAGAAGUACCUGUCAGCGCUGAAGAACUCAGGCCUGGUGUCUGUGGAGGAGAAGGCCCAGUCUGGGGCUGCAGAGCCAACUCGCGGGGCUGAGGCAGGGGCUGGCGCAGGGGCACUGGGUUUACUGGGAGCUGAAGCACCAGCCAGCCCUGAUGAGUCCAAUAAAGAGGAGGAUCAAGAUGGGGGGCAAUCGGUUGGACAGAGAAAGAGAGUUAAACUUAGUAGCACUGCCAAAGAUCCAUCCAUUAUGGACUCUCUGAAACACAAAUGUUUUCUGGAGGAGUUGCUGUUUUGGACAAUAAAGUAUGAGUUUCCUCAGAAGAUGGUUACUUUUCUACUGAACAUGCUGCCAGAUCAAGACUACAAGAUCACCUUCACGAAAACAUUUGUUCAACAUUAUGCAUUCAUUAUGAAGACACUGAUGAAAAGCCAGGAGUCAGAUACCAUGUCCAACCGCAUCGUACAUAUCAGUGUACAGCUGUUCAGCAAUGAGGAGCUAGCACGUCACGUCACCGAGGAGUGUCAACUCCUAGACAUCAUGGUCACUGUCCUCCUCUACAUGAUGGAGAGUUGCCUUAUCAAAAGUGAACUUCAAGAUGAAGAGAACAGCCGCCAUGUUGUGGUCAACUGCAGCGAGCCUCUGCUGAAGAACAACACUUACUGGCCUUUAGUUAGCGAUUUUAUUAAUAUUCUCUCACACCAAAGUGUAGCAAAAAAAUUCCUGGAGGACCACUCACUGCUCAUGCUGUGGAUGAGCUUUGUGUCCUUCUUUCAAGGUAUGAACUUAAAUAAGCGGGAGUUGAGUGAGCACGUGGAGUUCGAGUCCCAGACGUACUAUGCAGCUUUUGCAGCAGAGUUGGAGGCCUGCGCACAACCAAUGUGGGGUCUCCUCACACACUGCAAAGUCAAAGAGACACAGGAAUACACCAAGACGGUGGUGCGUUACUGCUUGGAGACUCUGCAGAUCUGGUUUGAUGCCAUUGGCUUUGUGGAUGAGCCUGCUCCAAAUCAAGUGACCUUUCACCUGCCACUGCACCGUUACUACGCCAUGUUCCUAAGCAAGGCAGUGAAGUGCCAGGGGCUUGACCUGGACAGUCUCCUCCCACACCAAGAGAUGCUCAUGAAGAUUAUGGUCCAUCCACUCCAGAUUCAGGCGAGCCUGUCAGAGAUUCACAGUAACAUGUGGGUAAGAAAUGGUCUCCAGAUCAAAGGACAGGCUAUGACCUACGUGCAGUCUCACUUCUGCAACUCCAUGAUCGAUCCAGACAUCUUUCUGCUCCAGGUGUGUGCAUCAAGGCUUGAUCCCGACUACUUCAUCUCUUCAGUGUUCGAGAGAUUCAAAGUGGUGGACCUCUUGACCAUGGCCUCUGUGCACCAGAAUGCAGUACUGGACGGUGAGCAGGAGAGGCCAAUGCUUGAGGGAGCCUUGACGUUUCUCGUCAUCUUGUCCAGUCUUCGCAUUCACCUAGGCAUGGCAGAUGAUGAGAUUCUCAGAGCCGAGAUGGUCUCCCAACUGUGUAUGAACGACCGCACCCACAGUUCACUGUUGGACCUCAUUCCUGAGAAUCCCAACCCCAAGAGUGGAAUCGUCCCAGGAAGCUGCAGCUUUGAGGAGAUGCUGUCUGCCGUGGCUGACUUCAAAGCCCCAGUGUUUGAACCUGGGGGUUCCAUGCAGCAGGGCAUGUACACACCUAAAGAGGAGGUGUGGGAGAAGGAGUUUGACCCCAUCAUGGUGGUUCUCAGAACAGUCUACCGUCGUGAUGUCCAGUCAGCAAUGGACAGAUACUCAGCAUUCUUGAAACAGUCUGGGAUGCACACGACAGGGAAUCCAUGGCCACCGUACAAAGAGAGGACUCCUCUGCACCCAUGUUACAAAGGCCUGGACAGGCUGUUGCACUGCAAGACUCUUCACAUUGUCAUCUUCACUCUGCUUUACAAGAUCUGGCUGGAUCACUCCAACAUGUCUGAGCAUGUUCUGUGCAUGGUGCUCUACCUGAUUGAGCUGGGCUUGGACAACCAGGUUCAAGAGGACAAGGAGGAUGAGGAGCCUUGCAUUGAGGAGCACUGCCAUGACAGCUGGUUCCCAGGCACCAACCUCCUGUCCAACCUGCACCAUGUCAUCAACUACGUGAGGGUGAGGGUGCCUGAGACUGCCCCCGAGGUGAAGAGGGAGAAAGAUCCCCCUCCCAGCACCAGUGCUGAGGCAGCCAACUUCGGUCAGAAUUCCAGGCGUCUGACAGGGAAUUGGAGAGAGAACGUCCGGGAGGCGCAGGUGUUCAGCCUGGUGGCGGAGCGCAGGAGGAAGUUCCAGGAGAUCAUCAACCGCAGCAGCACCGAGGCCAGCCAGGUGGUGAGGCCCAAGAGCAGCUCUACACGCUGGGUCCCGCCCGGCACGCCUCCCCAGCUGGUCACAGAGAUCCUGGAGAUCCGCGAGAGCAUGCUCUCCCUGCUCAUCAAGCUGCACCAGAAGCUGUCGGCCAAGCAGAACUCCCUGUCGGCCACUUGGCUGGAGGAUAUGGAAACCAACAGCCACGCCCACGGGGAUGGCAUCACCGCCAUCGAGCGCAUCCUCACCAAGGCGGCCACGCGCAGCCGCCAGAGCAAGCGCAACAUCCAGGAGAUCUGUGGGAAGGUCUCUCCUCCCGUCGCUCCCAAGAAGAACGGCCCCACUGACAAGAAGACCAUGGACAAGGACGAGAGACGUCAGAGGGCUCGAGAGAGACAGCAGAAGCUACUGGCUGAGUUUGCCUCCAGACAGAAGAGUUUCAUGGAAACGGCCAUGGAUGUCGAAUCCCCGGACGCUGAAGCAGCCAUGGACCUGGGUGCCUCGGAGGUGAUGGAGUCUGAGGUCCUCUAUGACUGUGUGAUCUGUGGCCAGAGUGGCCCUUCCACUGAGGACCGGCCCACUGGCCUGGUGGUUCUCCUUCAGGCAUCGUCAGUGCUGGGACACCGAUGCAAGAGUGACGAGACGAAGAAACUGCCUACCACUGACGAUGAGCACAUCUACCCAGCGGACACGUGCGGGGCGGCUCACGACGUCAGACUCGCUCUCAUGCAACGCUUCUUCAAAGAUAGUUCCUGUCUGCAGUCGGUCUCAAUAGGCUGGGAGGGGGGUGUGUAUGUGCAGACCUGUGGACACACCCUGCACAUAGACUGCCACAAGUCCUACAUGGUGUCUCUGCGGAAUGACCAGGUGCUGCAGGGCUUCUCUGUGGAUAAGGGCGAGUUCACCUGCCCGCUGUGCAGACAGUUUGCCAACAGUGUGCUGCCUUGCCGCCCGGGCCGGAGCACCGAGGUGGUCAGCUGGCACAUGCCCACCAACAAGAAGACCGCUGUGCUGGUGAAGGAGGUGGAGGACCUGCAGGAGCAGCUGGGGCUUUUCCCAGUAAGCACCACUACGGAGUCCAACCUGAGUAAAGAGAUGGAGUCGGUCAUCAAGGACAUCAAGAACACCACCCAGAGGAAGUACAUGGACUAUGGCAAGAACCCUGGUUCCCCUGACAACGACUUCCUCUUCAUGUACUCUGUGGCCAGGACAAACCUGGAGCUGGAGCUGGUGCACCGUGGAGGUAACCUGUGUUCUGGAGGAGCCAGUGCUGCAGCCAAGCGCUCCUGUCUCAAUCAGCUUUUCCAUGUGCUUGCCAUGCACAUGCGUCUGUACAGCAUUGAUUCUGCGUACAAUCCCUGGACCAGGUUGACCCAGGUGGCUCAGAGAAGAGACGACUGCCUGGAUGACGAGAGGCCAGAGGUCCCCAUGCUGUUCAGAGACUGCCCAUCCCUGCUCAUCAUCUUUGUGUUGACCAUGCCACAGCCACUACGCAAAGAACACUUCAUCUGUCUGGUGAGGAUGCUGUACAACCUGCAGUACACCCAGGCUCUGGCAUCUCUCUCAGCCAAGUUCAGCCCCGAGGAGAGGCAGGCCUGGAGCACGUCUGGAGCUCUCAAGAAGAAUGCUUUCGAUGCCGAGAAGUCCUAUGACGCUCUUCUCAGCCAUGUCAUCGGUGAGCUGUCCAAGGUGAAGACUGUGUAUGAUGUGAACACUGAAGUGCCAUCUAUGCUGAGCUCCAGUGUGUGGUCCCCACACUCCAUAGAGUACAGCCUCCAGCAGUUCUGCCUGCCCUACCUCCGCCUCUCCUGUCUCCUGCAGCACCACCUCUAUGGGGACAAACUGUCAGGUUGCCCGGAGGUAGAGGAGUUCUCAGGCCUCGCUGGCUGUCUAGGGCUCCUGGCCCCAGCCCUUCAACCAUCCAACCCCAUCUACAGUGCCUCGUGUCUUGACUGGACGGUCAACGCUUUCGACUUGAUGACCCAAUGGUGCUCUGAGGUCACGGGGCUCUCUGACACUCAGGCAAAGAAAUCAAUAACCUUGCUUGUCCAGGAUCCACAGUGGGCGUCUCCCCACCUCCUCCACUUACCUGACCACUACAACAUCAUCUUCCAGUACUACCACAAGAAGGCCUGCACUGCCUGCAAAAAGGUGCCUAAGGACCCAGCACUCUGCCUCGUCUGUGGCACCUUCGUGUGCCUCAAAGGGCUGUGCUGCAAGCAGCAGGGGAUCUGUGAAUGUGUUUUGCACUCUCAACACUGUGGCGCAGCAACAGGCAUCUUCCUAUUGAUCAACGCCUCUGUCAUCAUCAUCAUCCGAGGGCAUCGCUUCUGCCUGUGGGGCUCUAUUUACCUGGAUGCCCAUGGAGAGGAGGACCGCGAUCUACGUCGUGGCAAGCCCCUGUUUCUGUGUGUGGAGAGGUAUAGAGUACUGCAGCAACAGUGGGUUUCGCACACCUUCGAUCACAUUAACAAGCGCUGGGGACCUCACUACAACGGACUGUAAAGGUUACCUGAACCCACACCCUGAUGGAAAAUAAUCUCUUUGGCUUAUGUGUCUGCCUCUGUUAAACAUAUAGGAAUCUUAUCAUGUGAUAUAAGCAAAUAUGCAGUGAGUGUGUCACUGCCACAGCCUUUGAUUAUGUGGAGUUUGGUGUACAAUCAUGCCUCAAGUGUGUGUGAGUGUGUGUGAGUGUGAGUGUGAGUGUGAGUGUGUGUGUGUGUGUGUGUGUGUGUGUGUGUGUGUGUGUGUGUGUGUGUGUGUGUGUGUGUGUGUGUGUGUGUGUGUGUGUGUGUGUGUGUGUGUGUGUGUGUGUGUUUUUAUUUAAGUGCAUUUCAACAGGAAGAAACCUGAAAGCACAACUUUGCCCAGUUAGUUUUGAAGGCAGGCAGUUUUUUUUCUCCACAACAACAUGCUCAGAUUCGGGUGAAUAUUUGUACACUGAUUGGCUUACAUGUUGAGUUCGAACUACUCGAUAUUUGGAGUAUAUAGAAUGACAGAUUUGCCCCUGGUAAGGUUAAUGAUUAUCAUCUUUGUCACCAUGUACAAAUUGAUGCAUAUCCCUCAUUUUUUGACUUCGUACUGCCGGCAUGAGUUUAAAGCUCUUGAUAAGUAUACCAAUUGUGUGCUCAGUGUGUGUGUUGGGACAUUCUGGUAGGUGACACAAGUCCACUCAUCAACAAAGAGUUUAUUGCAGUUAAGCAAAGGCAAUAAAAUAAAAUCAUCCUCAGGUAUAAUUUCUUUGCUGCAGUUUAAAAUACCUUUUAAUAUUUUUAAUAUAUGUUGCUGCUCAUUGUUCAAAUAAGUAAUUUUACCUUUGUAAAGAUUAUUUUUGUUUUCUUUUUCUAAGAAAUUAAGGUUUUGUUUUUGGUAGAUGGCUGAUAACAGGUUGUUGAUUUGAGCUCGCUGCAAGGUUGAGGGAGACAGUCAUCUCUAUUGGUCUUUGCAGUCCUGCCUUUCACUACGCCUCCGGCCCGGGUCCCUGAAGAAACUCAAUGCCCACUCACCAGUCUGGCCACAGUAGAGUACAUAGAAAAGACUGUUGUGGAGUAUAUCUGUCCAAUGUAAUUGGCAUGCUUUUUCUAAAAUCUCCAUUGCUCAGAAUGUCAUGUGCAAUGGGAUUUUGCUAUAGUUAAAUUGAAAUAUUUGUAUUUAAAAGUUAUUGUACUGAUAUGGCUUUAAGGGAAUGGGAAUCAUUUCAUCAUUUGUGCUGGUGAAGAAUUCUGCAGUUUUAGAGUACAGUUUCAUUUAUUUUUUUUGGCCUGAUUUUCACAUUUCCUUUUAGUCUCUCUGUAAAGUUAUGGUAAAUGUAUACGGGCUCAUAAUGCAAGAUCCCAUCUUUAAAUAACCAUAGGUAAAGACAAGUAAUUGGCAAAUUGUUGAUGAUAAUAGAUGUAAUUGACGGUGGUUUUGCAAAGUAUAAUAGCGUUAACCUUAACAAAUUUGUCAUUCAUGUAAUCCACACUUGUGGUCCAAUUAUAUAAUUUUCUAUACUUUCAAAUAACAGUUUAUUUGUAUGCUUUUGAUUGCCAAAAGUUAUAAUUACAGUUUAUUUAUAAGGACAACUAUUUCCCUAUGCCUACAUUUCUCCAAGUUUAAAUUAUUAUCUUGGGUCAUGGAUGCAUUCCAAUGUUAGACAUCAGACUUCAACCAUAAUACACAAUGUAUGCAUGACAUUGUUUUUUCAGUCACACUUUUUGAGUUUUGGGUCUUAAAUGCUUUGUAAUUUCAAUUAUGUCACCAACUGGAUGAGUAGAUGGCCUACUUAUCCACUUUUAGUGAAAAACAGCACAUUCAAAUCCUUGAUUUUAUUCCGGUGAAAAGUAUUUUGUGAAUUGCUGGUCCACAUCGUGCUCGAAGGAGGAAUCUUUUAGGAAAUAUGUAUUUCCAUCCACGCAUGCUACUUAUCUGUCUACUCUGAGUUUCCCUUCCCUCUCUUUUUUUCCCAGUCCCUACUUUGUAGCCUACAUGACUGCAACAAAAUAUCCAAUAAGUGAUGGGUGUACGUUCUAAUUGAAAGUUCUUUGUUCUCCUGUAUGAAUGAAAAUCAGAAGGUAUACAGUACAUUACUGUAGGUGCUGAUUCAGGCUUUCUGAGUUGGAUCAGAAGGUGUGACUUGGACAUUUAUUGCAAAAUGUAACAUAUGUUAAUAAAAUAUAAACACACUGA